AUGAGUGCAGGUACAGCAUGGCGAUGCGGCGUGCUGUACCAUUCCCCUAUACCUCCCGUAAAGCCUCCCGUCCCCCCCCCAUGCUUCCCCGCAGCCGCGCCCGGCCAGGCAUGGUCGGCGCUCGUCCCGUGGGGCUGCGCGCUGUACGCCUCUCAGGCGGGCGUGGCAGCGCGCCUGGUAGUGGGAUGGGCAGGGGAGGUGCCCAUAGGGGAGGGCGCCGUGGGGUGGGGCGACAGUGCCGCUGCCUCGGGGGCUGCUGACCCCGAAGCCGCUGGCGCCGGUGCGUUUGAGCAGCGUGGUGCGGGGUCGAGCGGGGGAGAGGCGGGUGAAGCAGGAGGCGCGGGGAGGCUAGUGGAGCAGCAAGGCCCGCUGAUCAAGGAGGAGUCGCCGGGUGCUGCAGGCGGAAGUGGCCAACCAGCACACUCUGCAGCUGUAGGCCCUAGUGAAGGGUAG